AGCUUGGGCUGGAGGUGGGGACAGCGGCGAAGAAAGAAAAAAAAGGGAGAGAGGCAGGAAAAGUUUUUUCAGAGGAAAAUGCAGGGCUUGUCCUUAACCCUGACGUCAGACCUUGCUUUAAUACAAGCCCCCAAGGGCUGGGAGAAGAGGCAUAGCCGGCGCUCCUGAUGGGCUAGGCCAGUGCCGGCCGGCUCCCCCCAGAGGUGGCGGGAUCUGCUGGGCUGCUUGGUUGAUGCCUUUGCCACUGACUUCCAGGCAUGAGGUGGUUCCUGCCCUGGAUGCUGGCAGCAGUGACCGCAGCCGCCGCGGGCAGCACCCUGGCUUUGGCCCUCUCUCCUGCCCCCACGGCCAUGGCCUUCACCCCAGCACCACUGGAGGACACAUCCUCACGCCCCCAAUUCUGCAAGUGGCCCUGCGAGUGCCCGCCGUCCCCACCUCGCUGCCCGCUGGGCGUCAGCCUCAUCACAGAUGGCUGUGAGUGCUGUAAGACGUGUGCCCAGCAGCUCGGGGACAACUGCACUGAGGCCGCCAUCUGUGACCCCCACCGGGGCCUCUACUGUGACUACAGUGGGGACCGCCCGAGGUACGCAAUAGGAGUGUGUGCACAGGUGGUCGGCGUGGGCUGCGUCCUGGACGGCGUGCGCUACAACAACGGCCAGUCCUUCCAGCCCAACUGCAGGUACAACUGCACCUGUAUUGACGGCGACCUGGGCUGCACGCCGCUGUGUCUGCGCGCGCGACCCCCGCGCCUCUGGUGCCGCCAUCCCCGGCGGGUGCACGUGCCCGGUCGCUGCUGCGAGCAGUGGGUGUGUGACGACGACACCAGGAAGCCUCGCAAGACAGCGCCACGGGACACGGGCGCAUUGGUGGCCAUGGGUGAAGUAGAGCCAUGGCACAGGAACUGCAUCGCCUACACGAGCCCCUGGAGCCCCUGCUCCACCAGCUGUGGCCUGGGGAUCUCCACGCGCAUCUCCAACGCUAACGCCCGGUGCUGGCCUGAGCAGGAGAGCCGCCUCUGCAUCCUGCGGCCAUGCGAGGUGGACAUCCGAUCGCUCAUCAAGGCAGGGAAGAAGUGUCUGGCUGUGUUCCAGCCAGAAGCGCCCAUGACCUUCACUCUCGGGGGCUGCACCAGCACACGCUCCUACCGACCCAAGUACUGCGGGGUCUGUACAGACAACAGAUGCUGCAUCCCCUACAAGUCCAGGACCAUCGACGUCCCCUUCCAGUGUCCUGAUGGGCCUGGCUUCUCCCGCCAGGUCCUAUGGAUCAAUGCUUGUUUCUGCAACCUAAGGUGUACGAACCCCAAUGAUAUCUUUGCACACUUGGAAUCCUACCCUGACUUCUCAGAAAUUGCCAAUUAGACUGGCGCAAGACCAGGGCCUUGGGCCCUGGCCCAGAGCUUUCAAAGCAGCCAGACCUCUUUGGCCAGAAUAUUUUCACAACUGAGCCUCCUUUUGUCCACUUACCACUCACCUCUCGUUACCCUGAUCCCAACCCUUUGCCCCCUUUUCUGUCACUGACCACCCAAAUGGCCCAUGAUGGUGCUCCUCAGGCCCAGAUUCCGAGUCCCUCCUUGGCAGCCUUCCACAUUCACUCCAGAGAAAAUGCCUGUCUCUAGCAGUCCUGGACAACUCCCAAGCCUGAUCCAUCCAUCCAAGCCACCGAAAGUCCUGCUGGAUCUUGCCUGAGCUCUAAGGAACAGAAUCAGCUAGACAUCCAAAAUCAUGAAUUCCCUCUUCAGAUGCCAAACCACAAACCUCCUGGGAUCCAUUCAGAAGGAUUGAUGAGAUCUGGGUCAACAGAAUGGUCUACUAUUUGAGUCCUGCUUAGGAUACCCUAAUAGGCCGUCCUGACCAGAACACACCAAAAGUAUCUCUGAUGCCAAAGAUUUAUGCGCCCCAAAGUCACCAAACAUUUGCCAAGAGAGGGGAAUGGUUUUUUGUUUUGUUUUUUAGUGGGAAGUUGUAUCUAUUUAACCUGUGAAUUGUUGAGGUCCAGUUUCUCUUCGCACCUGCAGAGUGAAGGGUGAAGGUUGGGCUCAUUCCAGUCAGAAAUGAGUUUUGAUAAAGUCUGUUCUUAAUCAUGGAAACACUCCCUAGUCAAUACUGCAGGGAUAGAGUGAGUUCAGCCAGUUUCCAGGAGGAGCUACUGACCCUAGCUGGAGCCUGUUGCUGACUGAUGGGGCACCGAUCCAUAAGCCAGGCUAUUCCUUGCAUCCAGACCCACUCCUUGCUGGAGAGCUCACAGGAGUCCUUGGAGGCUCUGGAUGGCCUCUCUGCACCUUGAGGGUGGUGUCCUGUGGCAUUCCUCCACUCUCAUGGAGACUUCAGACACCCUGCUGAAGUCCAGGCCAGACCCUCCUGAAAUGAUUGAGACAGGUCCAGGUCAGGGAUGGGCCAAACAAGAGGUGUGUCCAUGCUGCGUGGCCUGGAGUGGCCUCCAGAAGGAGGCUACAGGACCACAAGGGUGGUUUGGCUCGAGGCACAUCUCAUUCUGCCACAGUGACCCAUUUCACAGCCUUUGGGUUUCAUGAUGAAAACAAGUCAGUUUCCUGUUGUGAAGACAGGGAUUUGUCAGUUGCUUGAAACCAGAAAUAUAUUUAACAAGGGUACGAAGCUAAAAGGAAAUGGAAAUGAGGCUAUUAUUUAUUAGUAAAAUAUAAAUAUUUACUGUUCGAGUUCUUUUAUUAAGCACAUUCUCUGUUGCAGACGUUGUUCUCAGCGCUUUACCUAGGCUAGCUCAUCGAGCCUUUGUGACAACCUUAUGAAUUUGCUGUGGCUAUUUCUGCUCUUACAAACGUGAAGCAGAAGCCCAGAGAGGUAAAGACACUUGACUAAAGUCACCCAGCAUGUAAGUGGGGAAGUCGGCUCUCAAAUCCAUGUUGAACUGACUCCAAAGCCUAUAUUUUUUCCUACUUUUUGGGCUUCCAAAAGUGUCAGAGCAGAACAUACUGGAAUGUGUGACUUCUCAUUCUUAUGUUUCACUCAUAUGACUGUCUGUCUAGCUCUUUUCCCAAGAGAAGACAGUGUCUGACCUGUAGAUCAUUCAAGUGCUUGAGCAUCCAAAACAUCAUCGAGAAGAUAGAAAUCCACUCCUCCCCAACAGCUCCUCCCCUCCUUCAAAUCAAAAGCAGCUCCCAUCACGCGUUGAGAUGAUUCCGUUUACCCAACGUUGCUUGUUGAAUGAUGUGCAGUUAUUUCUGGGGGGAUUGUCUGCAGUGAGCAGAGAGAUUCCUAAAUAGGAAACAAGGCCUGGAAACGCGUCUGCUCCACUGGAGCCUGGCCCAGUGCAAGGCAUACAGCGGUGCUCAAUAUGUAUUUGAUGAAUAAAUGAAAUUGGGAAGGUGUUCCUAGCUUUCUCCAGCGUGGAGUAAAAAUUUAAUUUUUAUUAUCCAAGUCUUAUUUUAAGUGCCAUAGAAAAAGACACUUAAUAUUUAAAGAGAUGUAUAUUUAUACAAAAAAAAAAAAAAAAGAUUCUUGUGAAAACAGAAUUUAACCCGCUUCUGUAAGUCUGUGUGGGUCUUGUUGGAUUUUCUUAGAGUGAAAACACCUGCCCGCUACAAUGCAAAAGACUAGAUAAUAGCGAGGCCCAUCUGAAAUUCAGCAGAAAUCCAUGAACUAGGCAUUUACUGAAUUUGCAUCCCUGUUUAGGAACUGAGCAUAGAUUCCAAGAUCAUAGGAGCUUGGUUGGAGGAGUCAGGGUUUAUUCUAGGAAUGGGUAAAACGGGGCGGAUGGAAUGAUCCAGCCACUGUUGAUUUUGAGAAAUGGGUCUGUUGUAUGCAGGACCAGAGGGGACGUCUCAGAUCAAUGUGCUGGAGUCAAGAGGAAGGACAUUUUGGGACAAUGUAAUGAAGCUCUUUCUAGCAGUUAGAAUUAUCUUGUAAUGGUGUGGUCUGCCUCAGUGAAAAUUAAGAAUAAUAACCAUAAUGAAAAAAAAAUUCCAUUUAUGGGUGCUUACUUGUUGCCAAGCACUAUAUAUUGGGUUCUUCCUUACCGCAUCAAUUCUCACAGCAAUUUUGAGUAAGCAUCUCUUUCCCCAUUCUAUAAAUGGAAUAUCCGAGACUCAGAGAGGCUGAGAAAUCAGCCAAGAGAGAUUGGAGCCCAAACCCCCGCUCUUCCUGCCCUCCACAGUUGGCCCCGAGUGGAGGGGAGGCCUCUCGGCAGAGCCUGAAGGAUUCGCUGGAGUGUCGUGGAGUCCAUCCCUACAUCAAUAAAUCGCCUUUGCGGUUCCUUCUAGCCCUGUGCUCUGAGAUGACAGAAAGGGCCAUAGAUAAGUGGACCGUUGGUGAAGAAAUUCCCUUAGUACGUAGAGUACAUUGCUUUGCUAUACUGAAUGUUGGGGAGGGAGGCAAGGAGACCCGUAUUCACCAAACCACUAAUUCUUUCUAAACCUUAUUACAAACGUUUAAUGAGUUCUCACUGCACGUCAGGCCUGGUGCUAAGUACUUUAGUGCCCUAUCUUAUUUAAUCCUCAUAGCAAACCUAUGAGGUGUGACACUACUAUCGUUGCCCUCAUUUUAGAGAUAAAACUACUGAGGCUCAUAAAUAAGGCUCAAGAGUUAAGUAAUUUGCCCAAGGUCUUAUCAGGUAGUGAAUGGAAGACUGGGGUCGUGCACCCAGGUUGGGCUGACACUUGAGUCAUCUCUCCUGACACUAUGCCCAGUUAUCCUGCCCCCAAAUCCAAAGGUACAACCUUUACAAUUUUAAAGCUACCAUUUUUGAGACGAAGGGAUUCCGAGAGUGAUCAAAGGAAGUAGAUUCAAAGGAUAUGACUGUAAUCUCAUUAAUGUUGUACUGUAUACGCGUGUGGAUCAGGGGGAAAUAAAGUAGUCCCUGACUUUUAUGUUGAAUUCUGUUACUGCUUUUUUUGUAAAAGACCCAUCUUGAUAAGAAGGAACCUCAAUGGCCUGGCAGAGCUGGAAGUCAUGAAUAUCAAAAUGGUCGACUGUGUCUCUCUGCACAUACAUGUGUGUGUAUGUAUAUGUAUGUAUAUGUCUGUUUUCCAACUGUGACUGGAUAUUUAAAUGUCCUUACUGCCAUUUUUGUAAGUGACUUUUUAAAAUAUAUAUAUACCAGGAAACAUCUUGGAAUUUCCCAAUAGGGGAAAAUUAGCACUUAAGCAAUCUAUUGUGUUUUACGACUUUCCUCAUAUUUCUCAUGAUUUGUGUUGCAUGUUUGUACGAUGUGAAGGGUUUUCAUUGCUCAAAUUCUCUGUUUAUGGCUUUUCUCAUUCAAGCAAUAAAUCAUCAGCAAAGUAA